GAAUUUACGUAACGUGACGUCCAGCGUCAAUGCACCCUGAAGUUGACGUGACAUGACGUUGGUUGUUGCAUGCGUGCGUCCUAUCCACUACUAGUGCAUAGCAUGCGCAUAUAUUUCUGUGCGUCUGCGACUGCGCACGAGAGAGAGGCGUCGUCUGGACCUACAUAACCUAACUACCCAUUAUUAUUCUGGGACGAUUAAAGUAUUGUUGGUGCCGUGAAAUACAAUGAAUGCAAUAGUUAAUGUGUGUAGAUCUGCAGCACCUCGGAAUUUAUCAGUUCAGUAUGAGAGUAUACGUAUGGCACGGAGGAAACCAAGACAUUUACCUAUGGCAAAAAGCAAAAUGUUUCGAGUACCAGAAAGAAAACGGCUUCCAGAAGAAGAAAAUUCAGAACUUUUGCGACUGCAUAACAAUUACAAGACUUACAUUAAAAGUAUUCGAGCUUUCCUGAAACAAGAACUAGAAAAAUCAGCAUCGGCUAGUGAGCAAGCUCAGGAGGAGCUAAGAAGAGAGAGAGAGCAGCAUGUUUUAUGUAUGAAGGAAAAUGAUGCCUGGAAUGUAGAAGUAGCAAAACUGCGGGCAGUUCGACUAGCAAAACAGGAGCUGGCUGAGAAAGAAGCAAUUCUUGAUGCUAUCAUAAAACAUGAACAGCAAGAAAAAGAAUACUUGGAGAAAGUAGAAGACAUUGUUUCCAAAGAAAAGGAAAGAUCUAAACACUACAUCACUCCUGAAAAUAUCGAUGAAGCCAUAGAAAAGGCCCUAGACAAUGAAGUUGACUACAAUUUUUCGUUGGAUGUUGAUGGUACUGUGUAUCAUGGCAGAAUGACAAAGCCUGACAUUGCAAGGGAGACUGGGGAAAAGAUGGUAGUUAGCAAUAGAUCUUGAUAAUGAUCCAAAAUGUUGUUGGUGCUUUGUAUAUAGUUUUAAAUAAUGUACUUGGACACAUUAUUUUUCUCUGUCUGAUGGAAAAUUAAAGCAAUCACUGUGCAUGCAGAGUAAUAAGAUUGCUCUUCAAGGAAAAAAAUUAUAGUUUGUUCAGUAUUUUGUAGUAUUAGCACCAAAGAAGUUGUACAAAUUAUCCUAUUCUAAUUUUAUGGCAACAUUUAAAGUGAAAAAUUUAUUGUUAUUUUAAGUCUUCCAUAAACUGUAUCAGGUAAACGUAUAAUACCUCCAUCAGCACAUUCAAUGUUGCAGUAAAUAGGAGUUUGUGUGUGUGUGUGUGUGUGUGUGUGUGUGGUGUGUGUGUGUGUGUGUGUGUGUGUGUCCUUCAAGGCUAUUGCUGAUUUUGUCUUUCCACUUUCUAUCACAUGCUUUGAGAAAAUGCUUGCUCAAUUGUAUGUCACUCUUUCUUAUAUAAAAAACCAGAUGUGCUAACUUAACGUGUAUUAUACCAUACUUUGUGCUGGUAUGUGCAACAAAGAGCAAUGCAGCUGCAUUGAACAUUAAAGACCUCAAUAUGUAAA